AUGGCAGCGGCCAGCAGUAUUCAGGAACUGGCCACUGCUCUGCCUCCGUGUGCGCUGAAAUGCCUGGUGGCGGGAAUAGAGCAAUCGACUUGUGGCUUAACCAACCAGACCUGUAUAUGUACAAAUACCGAAUUGAACACGAAUGUCGAGGCAUGCGUAUUGAUGAGCUGCACAAUCAAGCAAUCUCUCACUACGAAAAAUGUGACCAAAACAGCAUGCGAUGCUCCUAUUCGGGACCGAUCAAAGACUGUGUCUAUUGCCGGCAUCGUUGGAGGUGUACUGUCCGUGGUCGCUUUCAUUCUCCGGAUCGCUGCAAGAUUCCGUUGCCUUGGUGGCCAAUUCGGAUGGGAUGAUGCGACGAUGGUGUUUACAAUGAUGAUGGUGAUUCCAUUGUCCGCGUUCUCAAUAGUCUUGGCCGACUCAGGUCUUGGAAAGGAUAUGUGGACGCUCCCCUUCGAGAACAUCACUCACAUUCUCUAUAUAUACAUGAUCGACGAGGUCCUCUACCUGAGUAUCCUUCCGAUGACCAAGAUAUCCAUCCUCUGUUUCUACCUACGCGUCUUCCCAAAGAAAGAGAUCCGUGUGACAGCCUAUGUUGUCAUGGCGUUCUGUGUCGGCUACCUGAUCUCGUUCGUUUUGAUUUCGGUCUUCCAGUGUGACCCGAUUAAUGGCGCAUAUCUGCGUUGGGACGGCGAGCACAACUUCAAAUGCAACAACAUCAACGCCCAAGGGUGGGCGGCUGCUAUCGCCAACAUGAUUCUUGAUAUCGUCGUCAUGGCUUUGCCGCUCCGGGAAUUGUACCACUUGAACUUGUCGCUGCGGAAGAAGCUGGGUGUUCUGUGCAUGUUCAGUCUGGGUAUUUUCGUCACCCUGGUCAGUAUCCUGCGAUUAGAAUCGCUCAUCAAGUUUGCCACGACACAGAACGUCACAUGGGACUACGUCGAAAUCGGAUACUGGAGUACAAUCGAAUGUCAUGUCGGCGUGAUCUGCGCCUGUCUCCCAGCCAUUCGCUCGCUACUGCGUCGUGUCUUUCCCACUGCAUUCGGGGACACAACCAAAGGUGCCUCCAAAGGUACUAACAACACCUAUUCGACGUCACGAUCUGGUGCCGGAUCACGACUGGAAGGCAAGUUCACUCCCAAGACGACCAGCGGAACAGACGUUGAAUACGAUUAUGUCGUGGUUGGCUCAGGUCCUGGAGGUGGUCCAUUGGCAUCAAGACUCGCAAUUGCCGGUCACAAGGUCCUGCUCCUCGAUGCCGGAGAUGACCAAUUCGAUGCACCCGUGAUCCAGGCUCCUGCCAUGCAGCUGCAGUCCACCGAGUACGAGGGAACAAAAUGGGACUAUUUCGUCAACCACUACCAGGACUUGAGUCGUCAGGAGGAGGACACCAAGAUGACCUACAAGACCCCGUCGGGCGAGCUUCACGUCGGUCCCAACCCGCCCGCCAACUCUGACCCUCUGGGAGUCCUGUACCCGCGUGCUGGUACUUUGGGAGGAUGUUCGGCUCACAACGCCAUGAUUACCAUCUACCCGUACGAAAAGGACUGGGAGGACCUCGCUUCGAUCACCGGUAACGACACCUGGGCUCCGGAUGUGAUGCGCAAAUACUUCGAAAAGCUCGAGCGCAACCGCUACCUCCCCAGCAGCUUGUCGGGACACGGUUAUGAUGGCUGGCUCACCACCAGUUUGACACAAUUGACGCUCGUUGUCGAGGACCGGAAGCUGCUGUCUCUGAUCAUCGCCGCAGCCACGGCUGCUGGAAAGUCUCUCAUCGGAAAGCUUCUCACCACCGUGACUGGUCUCGGUGAAGUUCUCCUUCGAGACCUCAACAGCGACGCAAAGGACCGUGACCAAGAGACCGGACCGUACCAAGUUCCCCUCGCUGUCGAUGUCCCCGAUUACAGGCGUACUGGUCCUCGGGAUUUCAUCGUGGACACCCAGAAGGCCACCAACUCGGACGGUUCGCGCAAGUACCACCUUGACGUUCAAAUGAACACCCUUGUCACCAACCUCCGUUUCGAUACCUCCGGCAGCAAGCCCAAGGCCACUGGCGUUGACUACUUCAAGGGUCAGAGCCUGUACAGGGCAGACCCGCGGUCCGGCAAUGCAACUGCCUCUUCUUCCGGAAGUGUCAAGGCUGCCCGUGAAGUUAUCCUUGCUGCCGGUGCCUUCAACACUCCUCAGUUGCUGAAGCUGAGUGGUGUUGGACCCAAGCAAGAGUUGGAAAAACUCGGUAUCGACACUCUUGUCAACCUUCCCGGCGUUGGCAAGAACCUGCAGGACCGUUAUGAGGUCAGUGUCAUUGGCGAGUCGCCAACCAACUUCACCCUGACAGAGGAGUGCACCUUCCUUGCCACCACGCCCGACCCAUGCAUGGAGAAGUGGCAGAACAACGGAGCGCUCCUCAAGGGCACCUACACCACCAAUGGUAUUGCAAUUGCCGUCACCCGGAACUCCUCGACUAGCGACGGUGACCCGGACCUUCUGGUUUCCGGUGCCCCUGCGUACUUCAAGGGAUACUACCCCGGAUACUCGUACAACGCACUGAAGGAGUCCAACCACUGGGCCUGGAUCACCCUCAAGGCACGCGCCCGCAACACCGCCGGUACUGUAGAGCUCCGGUCCAAGGACCCCAGAGACACUCCGGUUAUCAACUUCAACUCUUUCGACACCGGCUCGACCGAGGACGAUGCCGAUGAGAAGGAUUUGCAGGCUGUUAUCGAAGGAAUGAAGUUCUCGCGGAACAUCUUCGACUCCUUGGUUCCGCUCGACGGUGACUUUGAUGAAGUCUGGCCGGGCAAGAACGUUUCCACCGAUUCACAAUUGAAGGACUUCGCCAAGAAGGAGGCCUGGGGUCACCACGCUUGCUGCACGGCGCCUAUCGGAUCAGACGACGAUGACAACGCUGUACUCGACUCUGACUUCCGUGUCCGUGGUGUCGAGGGCCUGAGAGUAGUGGACGCUUCCGUCUUCCCUAAGAUCCCCGGAUACUACAUCGCUCUGCCCAUCUACAUGCUCAGUGAGAAGGCAGCGGAUGUGAUCAUUUCGAGUGGCGCAUAAAAAGUUGCCGCUGUUCUUGCGUCCUGAAGUGCCAU